AUGCCUAUCAUCGUACUACAGCCGCCGCCUCCGGGUCCUCACGUCCGCGAUAGACCGAAGACGCGUCGACGCUCUGCGACGGCCAGCGGUGCCGAGAUCAAGACAGCUGCUUCUCUCGAUACUUUAACUCCAACCCUCCAAAGUCUGCAUGAAGCAGGGCCACUCGACCAGCAAGAAAGCCUCGAAGGUGUUGAAGAGGCCCUAGCAGCUUUGGAAGAAGGAGCCAAGCUUUUGACAGGUGACUGCGACUCAAGCAGAAUUCUCCAACGUCCUAGAUCUGGCACGAUAGCUGGCCUUGUCGAGCCAUCGAGUAGAAGAUUUAGUACACAAGCGGAGGACUUCCCUUCUAGUCCUUGCACCUAUUCCGAUCCUUUGAACUCCUCUCAACACUCCCGAGCUGAAAGCUUCUCGAGCGACCUGAGCGUGCCGAGCUCGAUGAGCUCUGCGACCACACUUCCGCGGCUAGCAGCUGCGGAGGACCAAUCGGAACACAUCUUGAUCGAUGCCCCCGACGGCGGACAGCUAACUCCUACUGCUGCCGGCUACUUUACGAAGGAGCAAGAAGAGAAGAUUGACGAGCUAAAAGAGCUGGCUGACGAGCAAACUCGCGGUUUGGUCCGUCUGGCAGCUGUCGAUGAAGAUCUGUUUUACGUGAGUAUUGCAGGCGUCCCUAUGAUGAAGUGUUCUGACUGACCACGAUCACGCUUCGAGAUCAGGUGUAUGCUGCACUUCUCGAGGUGAGUCAAUUCAAUCUGACGAUGCACUUCUCCAACCGCCGCUGCGCUCACCAUCUUGGCCUCACUCACUACAGGAACGUGAUCGACUUGCUUCGUAUCUCCUCUGA